AUGCAUUCUAAGUCGCUUCUCGUUGCUGCUUUCGCUGGCGCCGCCGCCGCCACUCCUCUUGGAACUGGCUCAGGCUGGCAAUCAAGCUCGUCCAGCAGCUAUGCCCCUUAUCCCACCAGCACUGGAGACUAUUCGAUGACCACCAGCUACUACAGCGCGCCAACCAGCUACUCGACCUCCACUAGCAGCUACAGCAGCGCCGGCUGGGGAUCCUCGUACUCCUCCUCCACCUCGGUCGCCGCCAACCCAGUCCCAACCGAGGGCACCAUCGCCAAGCUCCUGACCGAGGACAGCCGUGUUGCGCGAUUCAAGGAGAUCCAGUCCGAGGUCGCAUCGGGCAACCUCGCGCUCAAGUUCGACUUCAACCCUGCUGCCAACCCCGGUGUUACACCAGGCAAGGGCGGCCAAGUCGAUCUCGCCAACCGUGCCAACUUCCCCAUCCUGACGGACCUGGGCAUCUCCGCCGCUGGCAUCUUCUUCAACCCUUGCGGCCUGAACACCCCGCACAUCCACCCUGACGCGACUGAGUUCUUCACGGUGGCCACGGACAGCAACAUCACCACGGGCUUCGUGCUCGAGAACGGCCUGACAACCGAGUUCACCACCGAGCUGACCCAGUUCCAGGGCACCGUCUUCCCCAUGGGCUCCAUCCACUUCCAACAGAACAACGACUGCUACCCGGCCGUCGCCAUCGCCGGUCUCAACUCUGAGGACCCCGGUGCCAGCUCCAUCGCCCAGAACUUCCUCAUCAACACCGACUCGGCCGUUGUUGAUGCCACCCUGGGUUUCCCCAAGCAGAUCGACGCCAACAACUUUGCCCAGUUCAAGGCCAACAUCCCCCCUCCGUUGGCUCUUGGUGUCGAGGAGUGCUUGAUCCGCUGCCACAUCAGCUACUAA